GCUUGCGCCACAUCCAGACAAUGGAGGCGCGAACUCCCCUGCGAAGCGGGCGCACAUUCCGCAUACGCCAAGGGGCACAGCGUGAAGGAGGAAAACAUGGACUCCCUCUUGCCUGAGAUUACUGCGCGUGCGCUUCACCCAGGCACUGCGGGGAAAGAAACAGAUGUGCUGGAGCAGAACAGUUGCGCAGUGCGCAGGUGCGAUCUGACCGCAUACAAAGGGAGAGAGCCGAACGCAGCAGCUCUCUUCUAGACUCGGGGAGGUUGUAGCCCGUAGGAACUAUAACUCCCAGGGCUCAGAGGAUGGCGCGUUGCAUGCUGGGCGAUGUAGUCUUCGGGAUGACACAGCGCUGCAGAGAAGGGGAGCUGCGGCUAGAGGCCAGGGCCUGAGCGGGCGUCGCCUCACGGUGUGAGACGUGGACCCUGCCCCUAUGCGGGAGGCCCGGGAGGAGUCCGACCUGGAACGGUAUCAGAGAAGCCUUCGAGACCGUGCUAGUAAAAGUAUCCAUCAACUGAAAUAUGCCUUGGGGGAAGAAGAUCCCACAGUGGGAGAAAGUGAAGUUGCAUUUGAGCAGUCCUCCACAAGUAAUGAUGAGAGUGGGGAAACAGCCUGGCAGGAACUGCAACACAGUCAUGCAGUUAAUCAGCUUAAAGCUUUAUUGCGAGAGCAAGGAGGACUAGAAAGUGAAGUAUCUCCAUCAAGGAGGAGGAAGAUGUCGUCCUCAAGAACUUCAAAUGCUGCAGAUCAGAAUUUGCCUACUCUUUGUGAUCUUGUUCCGAUCAUUAAUGAUCAGUCCCAGUACAUUCACCACUUAGAAGCUGAAGUGAAGUUUUGCAAGGAGGAGUUGUCUGGGAUGAAAGAUCGGAUACGAGUAGUUGUGCUUGAAAAUGAGAAACUCCACGAGGAAAUGAAAUCUCUAACUGUAGAGCAGACGUUGAGAGAACAAACUCUUUUGGAUGCUUCAGCAAAUGCUCGGAACUCCUGGACUGUAGGAGGUGAUGAUUCUUAUUUAUGUCAACCUGUGAAGUCCUCACCAUCACAUAAUAAAGAACAGGUCUUGGCCACAACAGCCACUGCAGAAACAGAAAAAUGGCAGUUAGAAUUGGAGAAACUAAAACUUCUUUAUCAAGAAAGGAUUGAUACACUUGAAGCUCAAGUACGGUCUCUAAGGAAAGACUUAUCUGAAUCUGAGAAGAAUUGUGAAGAUCUAAAAGGAAGAUUAAAGCACCAAGAUUCACUUAUUGCAACAACUAAUUCCAACAGAGUUGGUGGUCUUUGUCUGAAAUGCGCACAACAUGAGGCUGUUCUUUCUCAGACUCAUUCCAAUGUCCACAUGCAGACCAUUGAAAGGUUAACAAAAGAAAGAGAUGACUUAAUGGGUGCACUUGUUUCAGUAAGAAGGAACCUGAGUGAGAUGCAACAAAGGGAAUCUAGUGCUUAUGAACAAGUGAAACAAGCUGUGCAAAUGACAGAAGAAGCCAAUUUAGAAAAAAUGAAGGCUCUAGUCCAGUGUGAACAGCUGAAAAGUGAGAUGGAAAGACAGAAGGAUCGCCUUGAAAUGGAGCUAAUUGCCCAGCUAGAUAAGAGGGCUGGUGAAAAAGAAGCCCUGCGAGGAGAAAUGAAGAAAGAAAGAGAGGACUUGGCAUCAACGGUGAUGGUUUUGUCUCAGAAUGUGGCGACACUGGAGGCUCGUUUAGAGAAAAUUACGAGAGAGAAGAACUCAAUAGCUAACCAGCUAGAGGAAGCCCAAAACCAACUUACCUCUCAGGAGAUGGAAGUUAAUAAGGUGUGUGGAGAAAUGCGUUUUCAGUUGAAUCAAACCAAAAUCAAGAAGGAUGAGGCAGAAAAGAAGCACAGAGAGUACAGAACAAAAACUAUAAGGGAGCUUGAAAUUAAGGACCAGGAAAUAGAGAAAUUGGGAUUAGAGCUGAAUGAAAACAAACUGCGUUUGGAACAAGCACAGCAGGAUGCAGCAAGAGCCAAAGACGAGUGCCUAAAACUGACAGAACUGCUGGGUAAAUCUGAGCACCAACUGCACCUCACCAGACUGGAGAAAGAAAGUAUUCAGCACAGUCUUAGCAAUGAAGCAAAGACCCGAGCCCUUCAGGCGGAGCAAAGAGAGCAGGAGCUGACACAGAAGAUGCAGCAAAUGGAGGCCCAGCAUGAUAAAACUGUGAAUGAACUGGAUUCUUUGCUGACCUCCCAGAAUACAUUCAUAGCAAAAUUAAAGGAGGAAUGUUGUACGUUGGCAAGGAAGCUGGAACAUGUAACAGAAAAAAACAGGUCUGAAGUCAGCCAGCUUAGUCAGGAAAAUGAGUAUGUUCAUGACAGACUGGAGAAGAUGCAGAAAAGAAAUGAUGAAUUGGAAGAACAGUGUAUCCAGCAUGGGAGAAUGCAUGAGAGAAUGAAGCUGAGGUUACACCAGCUUGACAAGCAUUGCCAAACCACUGCCCAGCAGCUAGUGGAGUUACUCAACAAACAGAAUCAGCUCUUCAGAGAGAGGCAGAUGCUAACAGAGGAGGUGCAGUUCCUGCGAACACAGGUACCAUGCCAAUACUGGGAACAAGAGAAAAGAAAAUCCUAGGGAAAUAUUCUGCAGCCAUCAAGAACGAUAAAGACUUUGCUAAACAAUCUUGUUUUAAGGUGGUUUUCCUUCUUGAUGCAUAAUAUUCAGAGUCCAGAAAUAACUCGUUGAUCAAGAGGGAUGGCAGGGCAGUUGUACCCACACCCUGAUUAAACCUACACUAAAUUAAGAAAAUACUGUGAGGUGCAUUUAAGCAGAACCAAUACUAUUUGAGCCAGUAACUCCUAUCAGAAAUCUUUGUUUCAUCCUUCAUGUCAGAUGAUAUAGUAGGCAACAGAAAAUUCUUUAACAGCAUUAGCAUGUAGUAUUGAAAUGUAAUCAUUUUGAAAACUGUAGUUUUAGGGUGCAACACCUGCCACUGAGUCCCUCACCCUCUGGUUGUGGGUUUGCAAUCUCAUUUCCCUGUUUUAAAAAAGUUUUUGCCUCCCUGGUCGCAAUGCGAAAACCCCACCCGAACCGACUGUACAGAGGAACCAGUGAACUCUCAGUGGGGAUCUGUAUGGGCACAGCAGUCCACCCUAGCACAAGAAGUGGCAGGGUUAAGGCCUUGCCUCUGUAGGGGGGCAGUCUGCAAGCUACUGUUAAAAGUAACAUUUUUCAGACACUGAUUAAAGGGCAGCAUCCAACUUAAAAAUCAUUCACUACUUUGGAAAGGAGGAAGAGAAUCAUGACUUUUUAAACUGUAACUGAACUGCUGAAUUAAACAUAGUCUCCAAAUCUAGCGCAUAAUUAAGCCUUUGUUUCUGUGACUAAGUAAAUUAACUGAUUCGACCGUAUCACUGUGAUACCAAGCCAUCUGGCUCAUGAACAAAGCAAGUUUCUGGGUUCAUACAUGAAAUUUGGACUCUCAUUAACGUGAACAGGACCAAGAGAGGAAUUUGUAGUACCAAACUGCAGUGUGAAAGGAGAAUCACUGUUUAAUGCUAAACUACUUUUUGGCAAACAGCAGCAUGAUUAAGAGUAUGCAUGGCAAAUAUCAGGAUGCUUUAACCUAGAACUAAAUAAAAAACACACCAUAGUGACUACAGGGAAAUGUGGUCUUUUUAAUGCUGCCUAGAGUACCCGAGGUACCAAUUUUCCCUAUAUCUAGAAUAAAAACUACUGUGCUACCUCCCAUUUACUUGUUUAUGGUAUCUGUGGGCAAAUGUCAUGGCAAUCACUGUGUUCCAUGUUUAAGCUCUUUAGAAGCUGAAGAAUGUUGCAUUAAGGACUCUGAGAUGUGGCAGAUUUUCAGUUAAAUCAGUCAUGGUUGUGUACUGCUGCCCACCUUCUAGAUGUGCUGCUAACUAAACUGAAUAUUGUUACCACUGAAAGUCGGCUUUGCAGUUGUAAAGGAUGCACUUGUUAAAAUAGGGAACGUGGGCUGCAGUCAAGGCUUUUUACCACCAACACCUAGCAGUCUGGCCUGAUUUUUUAAAUUGUGCACAGUGCUCUUUGAGCUAAAUUUAUUGUUGCAU